CUUCAAUUUCAAACGUAUAGGUUAGAAAUCAUGUUGACGUCUAGGUUAAUGAAAAACCCGUGGCUCAGAAAGUUUCAAAAAAGAUGCGCGUCGAGAGGUUCAACGAUUGUGAAAACAGGACACGAGGAAGUGGAAAUCACGAGAAUUCGAAAUAUCGGAAUUCUGGCACACAUUGACGCUGGCAAAACUACUACCACGGAAAGAAUGCUAUACUAUUCCGGCCUUAUUAAACAUAUGGGAGAGGUUCAUCAUGGUAAUACAGUGACAGAUUACAUGGACCAGGAACGUCAGCGUGGCAUAACCAUCACUUCCGCAGCAGUGACAUUUCAAUGGAAAAACUACCGUAUCAAUUUGAUUGACACUCCAGGACACAUCGACUUCACCAUGGAAGUGGAGCAAACUCUAAGAGUAUUAGACGGAGCGGUUGUUAUAUUGGAUGGAAGCGCAGGCGUCGAGGCUCAAACAUUGACAGUUUGUAGACAGGCUGACAAAUAUGACAUACCCAGAAUUAUUUAUGUGAACAAGAUGGACAGGCCGGAUGCUAAUUUUGACAGUAGUUUAAGAUCCAUCGAGUCAAAGUUAAACACAGAAGUGUUACCUACGCAGUUCCCGAUUAAAGAAAAGGGGAGCUUGGAAGGAAUCGUGGAUGUCAUCACCAUGGAAAAGCUGAUGUUUGACAAGAAAGACAUGGGUAUGAAAUUUGCCAAGGUAAAAUUAUCCGAGAACGAGGACGAAGCCUUGUGGGAGAUGGCGAAUGAAAAACGUAGGAGCUUGGCUGAUAAGUUGUCCAAUAUGGAUGACGAAUUGGCCGACACAAUCAUAGAACAGGAAUCCCUGGAUGCUGUGACUCCACAAAUGUUAAUCGACUCCUUGAGGAGGUCAACUAUAAGUAGAAAGGGUGUUCCUGUGCUGCUGGGUAGUUCUUAUAAGAAUAUCGGAGUACAACCUCUGAUGGACAGCGUUCUCUUGUAUUUACCAUCACCGAACAGUAGCAAAUCGUCUGUGCACUAUCGUUGUUUCGACAACAAUUUUUGCGCCAGAGCAUUUAAAGUCGUGCACGACAAACAAAAGGGGCCGAUUACAUUUUUUCGAAUUUACAAUGGCAGUGUGGAGAGAGGCAUGAGGCUGUACAAUGUUCGGACAGAGGAUAAGGAACCGGUAGGAAAAUUGUAUCUCGCGUGUGCCAACGAGUACCAAGAAAUAACAAAGAUCACGGACGGCAACAUUGCGGCGAUAACAGGAUUAAAAGGUACGACGGCUGGAGACUUGGUAACGACGAAUUCGAAGGCAACGAGACUUGCAAAGAAGAAACUAAGAGCAGAGAAAGGUGUUACGCCGGAAGACGUGGAUAGGAUAUUCGAUAGCAAUUCUAGAACGCUGGAGCCAGUCUUCUUCUGUUCGAUAGAAGCACCGUCGUUGUCUGCGCAGGUAGUUUUGGACAAGGCUCUACAAGAACUCGAGAGGGAAGAUCCAAGCUUGAAGGUGACACAAAACGAAGAGACCGGUCAGAUAGUGCUUGGAGGGAUGGGUGAAUUGCAUCUAGAGAUUAUCAAAGAGAGAAUUAAAACCGAAUACAAGGUCGACGCUGAUUUAGGACCCCUCGAAAUCUCCUACAAGGAAACCAUAACGGAGCCUAUUCAAGACACUUUCUCCUACGAAUAUAAAAUGGGAGACGUUAGCCCGAAAGUUACGGUAACCAUAUCUUUGAUACCAAAUCAUCAAGAGAAGGAGAUUUUAUUAUUAGACAAGUCGAUGACCAUUGAUUCGAGAGCCAUGCAAGAAAAUAUGAUGAAGGCCGUUAGGAAAGGAGUCAGAACGGUUAUUUCGCAUGGACCGAAGUUAAGUUACCCGGUGGUAAACAUGGGCAUUAAACUGCAUAGUUUGCAAUAUGGGCCUGGUACCACGCCAUCGUUGGUCACUGCUGCUGUCUCGCAGAGUAUUCGACAGAUCUCAAUUCAGACAAUAAAAGAAGGGACUUUGGUUUGCGUUCCAACAUCGUCCUCCUCGCAGCCUGGCUCGACAAGUCGCUGUUAACGGAUGACUCUACCUCUGGGAAAAAGUACCUGUGCUUCCACUUGUCCUGUACAGUCUUCAGAUAGUUAUUCUCUUUGUAUUUCUCCUCGUUGCACACGUAAGUCUCUGUAUACGUCCGGAGAACACCGAUCUUUUUCAAUGCCUCCUCAGAUAUGCCGAUGCCGAAUGGUUUCUGUUUCGAGGAUGUCGUUGGGAAAGUGUACGGUUUCAACGUGCUGUUCUGUUUCAAUUCCGAGACACGCGGAAGCCUCGGUGACUGCCUGUCGAAGAAUUCGUCGAUCAACAGGUCCGUUUUCGUCUGCAAGUUGCUGAGAAAAUUCUUGUCGCUUUGGUUCUGCAGGUCCGAGCUUUUGCCGCCAGUUUCAUCGCUGACUAAGUUAUCGACGCUGAAGUGUUUCGAGAGCCUGAAGCUAUUCCCUUUGAUUUUGCUCUUCGUUCUCCUCGAGCUGGUCUGAGUGGAUCUCUCCACCGUCCUUAUGCCCCACUUGAGCAUAUAAGAGUCGAGGAACUUGUGGUAUAACUUUGGGCAGACCUCUUCGUCCUCGUAGUGCCUGUCAAUGAAGUAUAUCCUACGCAGACGACAAUUGCCGCAAAUCUGAAUUCUCUGAGUGACGGCGUACACUUGUUUGAAGACGGUCUGCGUCAGACUCGAUAGAUCCAGCUCCAAUUUAUUCCAGCCGGUCUCGAACUUUACCUUCACGCGACAGAUCGCGCCUCGGUAGUUCUGCUUCUCUGAUUCGGCGUUCGUGAAUUGAAAGUGAUGCUGGUAAUUUUGAUCGUCGGCCACCUAGGCACAAACUCUCGUAUCAUCAUAUUGGAUCACUCGGUA